AUGUCAUAUAUAAGCUUUAAGGUAAUAGCAGAGACGAGAUAUUUGUAAAAUGUGAGAAUCUGUGGCAAUCAUUAAUUACUUGGUGAUUGGGAUCCAAAUAGCUCAUUAUUGUUAUAUACAACCAAUGCAACUUAUCCAGAAUGGACUCAUGAAAGUAAAAUUCAAAUUGACCCAUGUAAAAAUAAAGUUAUUCAUUAAUAGAUGCCAGAUUAGAAUUCAAAUGUUUAAUACAAGAUGGAGAUAACUUUUAAUGGGAAAUGAUUCCUAAUCGAAGACAUAGAUGUGAUUUCAGACGCAAUUUCUUAAUUAUCACUUUUAAUAAAGAAGAAAUGAAUGUCAGAACAUUUUAAAAAUAUGAAAUCUCUCAUGAAUUUGUUUAAGAAGACUUAAGUAUGAUCUAUAAUAUUAUACAUAAAAGUCAAUGUCUAAAGAUUUAAUAGGUCUAGGGAUUAUGAUCCAUUCAAUAAUGAUUUAGAUUCAGUAUUUAAAAUGCAUUAUACUUUUAGUCAGAUAAUGAAAGUAUGCCAGAAUUAGUUAAAUAAAUUACAGGAAUCUCUUCCAUCUCAAUUCGUUAAUUAGAAAGUGAUUGGAGAGAUAUUAUUAAAGUAAUUCAUGACUUAAACCUUUUAUAGGAAUAUUUUUUAUGUAAGCAAAAGUAAAAAUCUAUAUCAAAAUUCCGUAAAAUUUCAGAUUAAUAUGGUUCUCCUGAAUUAGUAUUUGAUUACAAAAGAAAGAGAUCUCAGUCUUCUUCUUAAAUUUUCACUGAUUCUUUCGUUUUAUGUUUAAGUUUGAAGAUUCCAAUUUAAAUAACUACAAUUGAUUAAUAAAUUCAAGUAAGAAACAAAAAAGGUAAUUAAUUUACAAUUUUACAAUAGAUAUUCUUAAAAAAUAUAAAUUCACUUUUACUUAAGAUCCCUAUUACAAUAAUAUGUAUGAUCUAUUUAGUAACAGAUUAAGUCUCAAAGCAAUAUGGAUAGGAUGGUUAGGAAUAUCAAUCUAAGAUGAAAUAGAAUUCAAUCUUAUCUAAUAAUAUAUGUAAACAGUUCACACUCAUAUAGUUAUGAAUAAUAUAAGUGUUAUGGUAUUUAAUUAGAUGAAUCCUUAUUACCUUGUUUCACCUAGUUUGUUGAACCAGUUUUUAGUAAUUUAAUUCCAAAUUUGAGAUUUAAUUCAGAAGAUGAUUACAUGAACAUAAAUCAAAUAUUUGCCAAAUUUGUAUAGGAUGCCAUGUUUUGUACACUUUUUAAUAAUCAAUUUACUCAUUUGCAUUCAAUCUUCAUUUUUGAUUACCAUCUUUUUUUAAUUCCUAUUUUUAUUAAAGAAGGUUUGAUAAAAAAGAAUGAAUAUCGACCACGUAUUUGUACCAUUAUGAGAAGAUCAUUUCCUAAUCCAAAAUAAUUUAGAAUAUUGACCAUUAGUUAAAUGAUGCUCUCAUCUUUAUUAAUGAGUGAUUUAAUCUCACUUGUUGAAUUAAAGGAUUUAAAUAAUUUUAUAUCAUGUGUUCCAUUUUAAUAUUAGAAAUUCACAUAAGUUUCUGGAAUGACUGCAUUUACUAUUGAAGUAUUAGGUAGAAAAAUAAUACUUGAUUAUGGAAAUGUUGGUUUAAAUGAAAAUUAAUAAUUAACAAAUGUAAUAUUCACUGAAGAUUGGAUCACUAAAGAUUCCAUAAUACUUUUAGGAGUUGAUAGUAUAUCUGUCUAAAGUGGAUUGAAUCUAAAAUUUUAAAUUGUAGAGACAUUGCACUAAAUGGGAUAAUAAGUUCAGUUGAUCCAACUUUUAUUUAAAAAUAAUGAAGAUGAUUUUGAGAAUAAUUUAUCUCUACUAUCUUUAUUACAAGAAUUAACUAAUCAAGUUGAAUUAAUCAAUAAUAAAUAUUAACAAUAACUAAUUCUGUUGAUAUUAGAUUCUUCUCAAUAGGAUCGAAUCAAAUUAUAUAAUAAAGCAGAUGUUUUUAUCAAGACCUCAUUAAGAGAUGUUAUUUCUUCAACAUAUUUAGAAUAUAUCUAUGUAAGACAAUCUUAAAAACAGAAAGCUAAAAUUAUUUUAAGUAAAUGGUGUUAACCUAAAGUUGAUCAUUAAAAAAUCAACCCAUUUAAUAUAUAGAUGUCAGCAUAAAUCAUUUCAAAUUAUAUAAAUAAUCAUCUAACAUCAUAUAUCAAUGUACCUAGCAGCAAUGAUUGGCUUCUGAGAUUGAAUGAUCACCUAAAUUAUUGUGAAGAUUAUUGGCUUGAUAAAUAAUUAUACGAUUCAGCCAAAGAAUUAACUUUAGGAUUGAAAGAUAGACAAUUUUGUUAAAUUGAUAAGACCAAAAUAAUCUCUAGAUUCAAUAAUAAUUAAGUUCACGAUAAUCAAAGAGUCAUAAUCUUAGCUUAUACUGAAACUUUUAAAUAAAAAAUACAAAAAAUUGAAUAAUUAGUCUAAGCAUUAGAAUAAUUGGCUUUAGAUGAAAAUAAUACUUUAAUUCUCAUAUCAGAUCAAGAAUGUGAACUAUUAGAAUUAACUUUUGGUUCCAUCAAUAAUUUAUAUAUCAUUGCUUAAGAUGGUCUUUUUAUUAAAUAAAAUAAUUAAACAACUUUUUAAUAAAUCAUUGACAAAGAUGAAAUUGUUGAAACUAAACUUUAAUAAUUAUCUCAUCAUGAACAUUUUAUUCUUUCUUAGAAAAAUCUUAUCUAUACAUUACAAAUAAAAGAAAAGAUCUAAGACUCUAAUGCUGCAGCCAAUAUUCUUAUUUCCAAUCUUAUAAAGGAGUUAAGAUUAGAAUUGGAUGAGUAUAUUAUCACUUAAGAAAAUUACUCCAUUAAAAUUAAACAUUAAUUUCAAUAAAUCGAAGAAUUAUUGAAAAUUAUUAUUACGAAUGAGGUUGAUAAGAAAGGAUUAGUUUCUUUUGCAAACCUCAUUUCUUUCGAUCGAUCAUGGCUAGAUAAAAUUACCCAAAUUUUCUAAUUUGCAAAUAUGCCUUUAAAUAAAGUAAUUUUUAAAUUUUUAUUAAUUUAAGUAAUUCCAUUGCGUUUCAAUAUCAGAUCAAAUAGGAAAGAAUAGUAAUCUAGUUAUCGAAACUACUUAAGAAAUAAUAUUAUUGUUAAAUAGGUAUGCUGUAGAGAGCUGUUAUAAAAAAUGA